AUGUGUCAACACGGCAGGCUACAAGCCACCUCCAAGUCGCCGGACUACCCCACCCACGCCAGCGCUGAAUCACGUCCAGUACGAGCCGGUCUCAUCCGUUCAGUCCACGAGCGCCGGCUGGACGAGUUCAUCGGUGGUCAGUUUGGCGACUACAAUCUCGCCUCGGUUCUCUUCGAGGCUCGUACAGACGAUCCCAAGUAUGUCUCGAUUCAGAGCUGGACACCCAAAGCAGGCGCCAAGCCCUCGUUCGACGAAGCCAAGCGUCAGACGUACGUCAAGGCAGACAAAAGCAUCAAGUUCGGUCCUUCGUGGACCAACCACUGGCUCAAGCUCAAGCUGACCGUCCCCAAGGAUUGGGUCAAGAAGGAGUGGGUUCAGCUCGAGUUUGAUCCCGAGUGCGAGGCCCUCAUUUAUUCCGAGGAUGGUCUUCCCCUCCAAGGCAUCACUGGCGGAGGCGACAAGCGACGUGUCGAUUUCCCACUCAAGCCGGAAUAUCGCCACGGCAUCACCUUCUACAUCGAAGUCACUGCCAACGGCAUGUUCGGCAUGCCAGCUGACGGCUCUGGUGAUCCCGACCCUAAUCGCUACUUUGGCCUGGCAUCUUGCGACAUCGUAGUCAAGCGUCCCGAAGCCUGGAAGCUGAUGUGGGACUUUGAGCAUCUCGUAGGCUGUGUCAAGAACUUGCCCAGGGACACUGAGCUUCAGAACCGUGCGCUCUGGGUCGCCAACCAGAUCCAGAACACCUUCCGCAAAGCUGACCUCGACAGCAUCACCAAGUGCCGAGAGCUUGCUCAAGAGAUCCUCGGCAAGGAUUGGGACGAGAAUAUCGAGACCAUCUACGACCGCGACGUGGUCGAAGGCCGUGAAGACGUUCGAAUCUGGAGUCUCGGCCACAGUCACAUCGACAGCGCCUGGCUCUGGCCUUACUCGGCUACACAGCAAAAGGUGGCGCGUUCCUGGUCGACGCAGAUCGAUCUCAUGGAUCGAUUCCCCGAACAUCGCUUCACGGCCUCGACCGCUCAGCAAUACCAGUGGCUCGAGACGCUGUACCCGAAGCUGUUCGAUAAGCUCAAGGGUUACGUCAAAGACGGCCGCUUCCAGCCCAUCGGUGGUUCUUGGGUCGAGUGCGAUGCCAACAUGCCGUCCGGCGAGGCGUUCGCUCGUCAGUUCCUCUAUGGUCAGCGCUACUUCCUCUCGCGAUUUGGCAAGCGAUGCGACAUCUUCUGGCUCCCGGAUACCUUCGGUUACAACGCUCAGAUCCCUCAGCUCGCUCGCCAGUCCGGCUGCGACUACUUCUUCACCCAGAAGCUCAGCUGGAACAACAUCAAUCGCUUCCCUCACAACACCCUCAUGUGGGUCGGACUCGACGGCACUCAGAUCAUCGUUCACAUGACUCCGGUCAACAACUACGACUCCAGAGGCUACGUCGAAGAGAUCGUGCGUGGUGUCAAGAACAACGCCGAUCUGUGGGUUCAGCCCCAUGCGCUGAUGCUCUACGGCUUCGGAGACGGCGGCGGAGGACCCUCGGAAGAGAUGAUUGAACGCAUGCGACGUGCUCGUGCAGUCAACAACAACGGCUUCAAGGACAUGCCCCGUCUGCACAAUGGACGUUCCGCCAAGGAUUUCUUCGAGCACGUCCGCAAGGUCACCGACAAUGGUAACCGCCUGUCGACGUGGUCUGGCGAGAUCUAUCUCGAGUUCCACCGCGGUGUCUACACAUCUCAUGGCUCCAUCAAGCAAUGGAAUCGACGCUUCGAGGCCUUCAUGCAGAGGCUUGAGUGGCUCACCACACUGGCUUCGAUCAAGGUGAGCGGAUACAAGUACCCCAAGGAGGCGCUCGAUGCCAUCUGGGAACCGCUGCUGCUCAAUCAAUUCCACGACUGCUUGCCAGGAAGUUCCAUUCGCAAGGUUUACGACGACCUGGAGGAGAUGUACGCCGACAUGGCUAUCAAGGGCAAGAAGCUGUGGCGACAGGCUCUCAAUGCUCUUGGCGUUGGCGAGGAGGUGAUCGCUUCGAGCAAGAGCGCUUAUACGGCUGUCAACUCGCUGGACGUGCCUCGUCGCGAGCUCGUCGAGGUGCAGCUUUCCAGCCAUAUGCCGCGUGCUGAGGCGAUUGCACUCUCACACCAGUCGAUGCAACUUUGCAAGGCUGGUCAGAGCGCUCUUCUGCUGCUCGAAGACGCCAACGGUAGGGGUCAUGCCACUGUCGUGGAUAAUCAGAGCUGCUCCCUCACCGAGUCGCAGAUGGUCAAGGUGGAACAGUUGGAGCACAACAGCUUCCUCCUACAGAGCCCGGCCAUCGCUGUCAAGGUCACAAAAGGUCGGAUCACGUCGAUCUAUGACCGUCUCGCUGAUCGUGAGCUCAUUGAGGGUGGUCGCACCGCCGGUCUCGCCAUUUCGGAGGAUUACCCACCUCAAUUUGACAACUGGGAGACCGAGCUCUACUCGCUCGAUACCGAGGAAGAGAUUCCUUUCACCAACGUGCGCAUCGCCGAGGCCGGCCCUUGGCGUGCUAGUCUUGCGCUUGAGGCGAAAUUCGGCCAGAGCAUCGUCAAUGUCAGCAUCGUCCUCGACGCUCUUCCGGCAGUGCCCCUUGUCGACAGCAAGGACGCUCGCCCGCUGCUGCGAUUCGACACUCAGAUCGACUGGUGGGAGAAGCAUCGCUUCUUGCGCUUCAAUGUUCCUACACGCCUUCGAUCCGACAUUGCCAGCUUCGAGACUCAGUUCGGCAUCACCAAACGUCCUACCACGCGCAACACCAGCUGGGAAGCGGCCAAGUUCGAGGUUUGCGGUCACAGAUUCGCCGACCUCUCAGAAGAGGAUUACGGUCUGUCAAUCUUGACGGAAUCCAAGUACGGAUACAGCGUCGAAGGAGGAUUGAUGAGGCUGUCUUUGCUCAAGGCGGGAACGUACCCGGAUGCACACGAGGACGAAGGAUUGCACCAAUUUGCUUUUGCACUCUACCCCCACGUAGGUGGUGUCGGUAGAGGAAAGGUGGUUCAGGUAGCACGAGUCUUCAACGCUCGCUUUGAUGUUGACUACGGACGUCAAGCUCGGAUCGACAUCGCUACACUUGAGCGAAGCGCCGUCACCAAUGGAAGCGACCUGCAGAUGCCCAUUGAGAUCGUCGACUCGACCCGCGCCGGUGCCGUCAUCGAUACGAUCAAGCGUGCCGAAGACGACUUUGAAUACUACGGCCAAAAGCCCAAGGACUCGAAAUCGUUUGGCAUUGUUGUGCGUCUCUACGAGUCGCUGGGAGCGCACGCCAAACCGACGAUCAAGAUCAAGUUGCCCGUCAAGGAUGUCAACCUUACCAACUUGUUGGAAGACGUCGACGAGGGGAAGAAGGACGAGCUCAACUUCAACACGUAUACAGACGAAGACGACAACACGCUGGUUCAGCUUGACUUCAAACCGUUUGAGAUCAAGACGAUUAAGAUUUCCAUUUAG